AUGAAUGAGAAUGCGAAGAAAACACGAUGUAAAGCAUUUCCGGAUUUCAAAAUAUUGGUGAAUUAUUCUGAUGAGAGAAAUGCUGAAAUUAUUAACAAAAUUCCAACACCAAGAGCACUUCAUUUCUUUAUGGAGGCACUGAUGCGAGAAAUGAACGGCGAUGCAAGUGAUGCGAUAAAAAUUACAAAUGGGCUCAUCAAAUCAAUUUUAAUGAAUAAUAAUACUGAAAUUCCUCAACUAGCAUUAGGUACAUAUGAUAUAGCAAAGGAAGAAAUAUUGAAUGUUAUCGAAAGUGCACUUUCAAUUGAUUAUCGUCAUAUUGAUUACGUAUGGCUUUAUGGAAAUGAAAAACAAAUUGGAGCGAGUUUAUCUCAACAAUUUCAAAAAAAUGAAAUAAAACGAUCAGAUUUAUUUAUAACAGGUAAACUUUGGUGUUCAUUUCAUAAAUUCGAACGUGUUCGUCAACAAUGUGACUCACAAAAUAAUGAAGAAUAUCAAUCAAAUGUAGAUGAUGAUAUUGGUUUUGUUGAAACAUGGAAAGCAACGGAAUUAUUCGUUGAUGAAGGAUUAGUUAAAUCUAUUGGAUUAUCGAAUUUUAAGGAAGAACAAAUAGAACGAAUUCUUCAAAUAUGCAAAUAUAAUGAAAUUCAUACAUAUUGUCCACAAAUUCUUCUUGAAGCUUAUGCACCAUUAGAACAAGGAAAUAGUAGUGGUUUUCAACAACGAAAAGUUACAAAUGAAAAUGACCCUAACAAUGGUCAACGUACAACAAUCAAAGGUGUCUUAACAUGUACAAUAGCAACAAUUCUUAAUGCAAAAUAUUCUGAAUCAGAUAAUUGUUUUAAUAAUAAACAUUUCAAAUUUAAUACAGUUAUGAUUAUGGGUUUAAUUCAUGAUACAAAUCAUGAAGUUAGUGGAAGUUUAGCUACAUAUAAUAUUGAAGAUCAUUCAGGUGGUUUACUUGAAAUCAAAUGGUGGCAUGAUGAUUCUAAUCAAUCAUUAAAACCAUUUACUUAUAUUAAAGUUGUUGGUCAAGUUAAAAUAUUUUCUGGUAAAACCCAUGUUGUUGCACAUCAUAUUAGUAAAAUGCAAACAUUAAAUGAAUUAAUUGCUCAUUCACUUGAAUGUAUACACGCUAGUAUGUUUAUUCGUAAACAAGAACAAAUGAUAAAUGGAACAAAUAAUAAUAUUCAAAAGACAUCAACAACAACAACAACAAUAUCAAAUGGAUUUACACCAAUACAAAAUGCAGUUCUUCAAUUUUUGAAACCUGUUACAUCAAUGACAGGUUGUAGUGUAACAGAAAUAUGUAAACAAUUAAAACAAUUUACUGAAUUUCAAGUGAAACAAGCUUUAGAAUUUCUUACUGGAGAAGGUCAUAUUUACUCGACAACUGACGAUGAUCAUUUUCGUGCUGCAAACAAUUAA